UCAGACACAAAUCAAUAUUCCAUCUUUCUGGUUGCUUGAGAGGAAAAAGAGUUCAGUAUUAAUUAAUAAGAAAAACACAGGCAACCGUGUUCGAUUGUUUUUCCUUCUUCUUUUUUCUUCCCUUUCCCGGCCUGGUGAUUCAAAAGUUUAGGGUUUCUAUUUUUAAUCCGGAUUUUCUGCAAUUCUAACCGGUCGAUCAAUAAUUUCUUCAAGUUAUGUUCAAGUUCUGGGGUUCACAGGAGCAACAAGCCCAACCUCGUCCUCAAGAAGUUUCUUCACAAUCUUGGUAUCCACCUUCUGUAGCUAGCUCCACAGGAUCAUCUUCUCGACCUGCAACACCUGGUCAAUCCCCAUCACAUGUUUCACCUUCUGAAGCUGCAGGCAUUAUUGCCCUUUUGAAGGACAAAAAUGUUGAUGAGCUGCGGAAGCUUUUGUCUGACAAGGAUGCAUACAAUCAAUUUUUGCUUUCUCUUGACCAAGUUAAGAUUCAGAACAAUAUAAGAGAUGAACUUCGCAAGGAAACUUUGCAGCUUGCCAGAGAGAAUCUGGAAAAGGAGCCACGCAUAAUGGAACUUAGAACCCAAUGCAGAAUAAUCCGAACAACAGAGUUGGCUGCUGCCCAGGAGAAACUAAAUGAGCUCGAAAGGCAAAAAGAAGAGAUCUUAAAGUUCUAUUCCCCUGUAUCCCUUCUCCAUAAACUUCAAGAGUCAAUGAACAAGACUGAAGAGGAAUCAGAGGCCUUGCACCGGCAGCUCCUUGAUAGGGAGAUAGAUCUUGGGACUUUUGUACAGAAGUAUAAGAAGCUCCGUACAACUUAUCACCGAAGAGCUCUGAUUCAUCUUGCUGCUAAAACAUCAUCGAUUGGGUAGUCCAAGUAGUUUUGCAGAAAUAAUUCAAUGUAUACGUGAAUAUUGAGAAUGUUUCUGGAUGUUUGUGUAUGAAAUCCAUAUAACCAAUGCACCUUUUCUUUUUUUAUUUUUUAUUUUUUAUUUUUUGCCUUCUGUUCUGCAUACAAUUUGGUUAUAUUUCAUGUAUGCUCUGAUUUUAUUUUCUUUCA